CUACAUACUUCGUUUCAAUCCAUGAAAGCAAACCUGCUUCUCUCUUCUGGCGUGGCCCUCACUGGGAUUACUACCCCCAUCGCUCUGUCGUACACCCUUCAGGGACUUCUCAAUGCCACUCCGGUUCAAGCCUUUGCUGCCGGCGCUGCCUUGUGCUCGACCAGUCUCGGAACAACAUUCGCAGUCCUGAGCGCAAGUGGCCUUUCAGCCUCGCGUCUCAGCGUAGUCUUGACGAGCGCAGCUAUGAUGGACGAUGUUGUUGGUCUUGUCAUGGUUCAAGUCAUCUCGAACUUGGGUAGUGAUGAUUUCAGUUGGGUCACUGUUGUCCGUCCUAUUCUCGUUUCAGUUGCAUUUGCUGUCCUUGUUCCCCUGGUCUGUCUCUUCAUCGUAAAGCCCUUCACCCUAUGGCUAAACCAGCACCGCGAGGUCCAUCCGGCCGCACGUUCUAAUGCCAUCUUACACAAGACGCAGACUGUUUUCGCAGUCCACACGCUGCUUCUGGUAGGUCUUGUGGCUGGCGCUACCUAUGCGGGAACGUCAAAUCUGUUCGCUGCUUACAUUGCAGGCGCUACUAUCAGCUGGUGGGACUCUGAAGUGCCUCAUCCUGCGACAAAUCACUCGGACGGUAUCGCGCCUACUGCGCCCAGCACCCAGCCAGACAAGACAGACAAUGGCAAUGCAGAGGCACGGUCUUCGCAGGCAUCGGGCCAGGAGACAUGCGGAUCGGCCAUAUAUCAGCGAUACUAUCAUGCGGCUGUAUCUAGGAUCCUCCAGCCUCUCUUCUUCGCGUCUGUUGGCUUCUCGAUUCCGAUUACUCGCAUGUUUAGGGGGGCUAUCGUCUGGCGAGGCAUCAUUUACACGGUUCUUAUGGCUUUUGCAAAGCUGGCAUGCGGUCUUUGGCUCGUCAAAUGGUCGACACUACCGGGCAAGGAGAUGAUCAAUCAGUUAUUGGCAAAGGUGAAGUUCCCGCCAGCUGCACAUCAAGUAGGAAAGAGCGACCGUGCUGCACCGUCGCCUCGGGCAAGUGCGUCUAAUGCAGCAGCAACCACCUCCCCGUCGAAUGCCGGAACUCAGGCGUCAUGCAGCUCGCCCAGCCCAGCGAAACCCUUCUCGCUCCAUCCACCUCUUAUUCUUGCUCUCGCCAUGUGUGCUCGCGGGGAAAUAGGCUUCUUGAUCUCUGGAAUUGCAGAAUCGCAGGGCAUCUUCUCACCUACUGGCAAAAGAUUGAGUGAGCCAUCUGACCUCUUCCUUGUCGUUACCUGGGCGAUCGUUCUCUGCACUGCCGUCGGCCCGCUAGGUGUUGGCCUAUCGGUCAGCAGAGUCAGGAAGCUCCAGGAGGAGAAAAACAAGCAGCAGGAGGGCGCUGGAAGAGACGUGCUGGGUGUUUGGGGGGUGGAGUAAGAUGCCCGACUGAGCGGGUCCGUAGCCGUCUCUGGAAGACAUUUGCAGGCCAACCCUAUACCAUAUAUAUGACGUGCAGUGACGAGGGGUUGCAAUACAGGGGUGCCCAUCUUGUUCGUAGAAUCGGCUACGGGCACUGAUGAUGGGAUUGAAACAUGGUGAAGGUCGUGUAGGAAGGAUGUAGCAGUGCAUGAAACGAGAUAUUACAUCGUGUUGUGUCACGCGCUGUAUUUCAGUCGAUCGCAAAAGUUGUCCCGCAGUGUUGAAACGCAUGAACCAACGGGAGGCGCUGCAUUUGGCAUCAUCCGUCUUCACGUCAGGCAGAGUUUCUUAAUUUUAAACAGCCAAG